CGGCGCACUCCCUGCGCGGCCGACGAGCCGAGCGGACGCCCUCGGGGCCGCGCCGCAGCCCUCCGCGCUCCCCCUAUCAUGCCCCGGGCCCGGGCCCGGGCCGCCCCAGCAGCCAGGACACCAUGCCCGAGGGCGGCGGAGGCGACAGCGGGGAAGUGCCUGCGUUCAUCCCGGACGGCGAACCGCUGCGGGAGGAGCAGCGGCCCCUGAAACAGUCCCUGGGAAGCUCUCUGUGCCGAGAGUCGCACUGGAAGUGCCUGCUCCUCACACUGCUCAUCCAUGCCUGCGGCGCCGUGGUGGCCUGGUGUCGCCUGGCCACGGUGCCACGGCUGGUCCUGGGGCCUGAGGCAGCCCUGGCCCGCGGGGCUGGGGGCCCCCCGCCCACCUACCCCGCCAGCCCUUGCUCAGAUGGCUACCUGUACAUCCCGCUGGCCUUUGUCUCCCUUCUCUACCUCCUCUACCUGGCUGAGUGCUGGCACUGCCACGUGCGCUCGUGCCAGGCGCCGCGCACCGACGCCAACACCGUGCUUGCCCUGAUCCACCGGCUGCAGCAGGCGCCGCCCUGUGUCUGGUGGAAGGCCACCAGCUACCACUACGUGCGGCGCACCCGCCAGAUCACCCGCUACCGCAACGGCGAUGCCUACACCACCACGCAGGUCUACCACGAGAGGGCUGACAGUCGCACGGCUCGCGGCGAGUUUGACUACUCGGCCCACGGCGUUCGCGAUGUCUCCAAGGAGCUUGUGGGCCUGGCUGACCACGCGGCCACGAGGCUGCGCUUCACCAAGUGCUUCAGCUUCGGCAGCGCCGAGGCCGAGGCCUCGUACCUCACCCAGCGGGCCCGCUUCUUCAGCGCCAACGAGGGCCUGGACGACUACCUGGAGGCCCGCGAGGGCAUGCACCUGAAGGACGUGGACUUCCGCGAGUCGCUCAUGGUCUUCGCGGACCCGCGCAGCCCGCCCUGGUAUGCCCGCGCCUGGGUCUUCUGGCUCGUGUCGGCGGCCACGCUGUCCUGGCCGCUGCGCGUCGUGGCAGCCUAUGGCACAGCCCACGUGCACUACCAGGUGGAGAAGCUUUUCGGGGCCGGCUCGCCCCCCCCUGGGGCGGUGCCCAGCGGGCCCCCGCUGUCCCGGGUGGCCACGGUGGACUUCACCGAGCUGGAGUGGCACAUCUGCUCCAACCGGCAGCUGGUACCCAGCUACUCGGAGGCCGUGGUCAUGGGUGCCGGCUCCGGUGCCUACCUCCGUGGCUGCCAGCGCUGCCGUCGCUCCCUCAGCAGCAAUUCGCUGCCCCCUGCCCGGCCCGGUGGGCCCCGCCUGCCUUUCAGCCGCAGCCGCCUGUCUCUGGGAGCUGGGGGCCGGGCCACACCAGGGGUCUUCCGGAGCCUGAGCGGGGGGCCACUGGGGCGCCGCGGAGAGGACACAGAGCCCCUGGAAAGCCCACCGUGCUACGAGGACGCCCUAUACUUCCCGGUGCUCAUUGUCCAUGGUGACAGCGGCUGCCAGGGGGACGGGCAGGGUACACUCUGAGACCGGGGGGCCCCCAGGUGGCCUCCUCCCCACCACCCCGCCGUGGGCUUUGAUGCCUGAGCGGCUGUUGUCCGAGAUAGGAGGGAAAACAGACCAGCACACGAGGGGUGGGGGAGGGGGAGAGUCCUUAAUCAGACUGAAGCGCAGCAACCCAGGGUGAUUUGGGGGGUGAAUGGACACCACUGAAGUUGAGUCUGUGAACAUCCCAGCAUGGCUCCCCACCACCACCGUGUUCCACCCCCUGCGAUGGCUGGUGAUCUAGCCUAGAGCCCUGUCAGGUUGGGCAGGGGGGAUGUUUCCAGAAAGCCUGGGUUGGGGAAGGAGUCCUGGGGACAGCUAUUACAUGCAGCAGAGGGCUGCUUACCUGCUCUUCCCUGCAUGGCUGAGGCCACAUUGGGAGCCCUCGAGCAACCCAGAAGCACAAAUUGGUGGUUUGGGGCUAUGCCCAGUUGGGCUGGCUUCCAAGAAAUUGAAGAGCUGGCUGUGACAACACCACAGCCUGGCCCCACUACAGCCCCAAGUCCCCAUCCUCCUCCCCUGACAACCCCUCCCUGCCUACCCUCUGGUCUCUGCUCAGGGCCAGUCCCUGAUCAGACUGUGGCACAGCCCCUGUACUGGGAGCCUGGUUCUUGGAGCACAGCCUUGUCCCCCUUGGCCCCCUGUUUUUCCCUGGUGUACCCUCCCCUCACAUCCAGCUCCCCUAUGACCUGGCGUUCCUUCUUAGGACCCUGCCUUGAUCCCACAUCUUCUGGUCUCUGCUCCUGUCCCCCCAAAGUCCACAUCCGCCUCUAUCAGCCACGCACACUCUCCCCACGAGGCUUUGUCCUCUCAUUGCUCCCCCAGACUUCUCUGCUCUUCACCUUCCUGAUGACCCACGGGGCCCAGGGCCACAGGGCAUCCGAGGGACCUCGGCCUUGGCCACAGCCUCUUGGACGAUGCACCUGCUCUGCCAUGGAGGCCCCUGCUUCUCCCAUCAGUGGGGCCAGGCCCAUGGGACACUGUUCCUCCUCCAGGGAGGAGAGAGUAGUCCCCUCCCUUCCAACUGGGGUUUCUACCACCUCUUGGGGGCCAGUGGGUGAGGGAGGAGGCAGAGAAGACACAGAUAAAAUAAAAGAUAUUAAAUGGAA